UGUUGGCAGUAUGGAACGCACGGUGAUAAAAGUAGUUCAACGAAAAUAAGUGCGGUUGUAAUUGGGCUGGUUUUGUCAUGUUCCAUUAAACUUUAAAAUAUUCUAUCACCCACCCAAUAAGUAAUCUGUUGACAGUGUGUCAUUUGUUCGUGAUUGUAAGGUGAUAAUGGAGCCAGUUUCUAAUUUCGUCAAGGAAUCCGUACCGACUUAUUUAUCUAAUUUGCCAAUUCCCAAAACGUUUGAGGGCUGGUCCAAAUUGGAAGUUCGCGAUUGGACAACUCUAAUCCCUCUUGGUGCGUCGAUAGCAGCAGUAACGUUCCUAACCUACAAGGCUUUCGGGCCAGGCUCGAAGAAGACAAAUAUGAUCAAUCCUGAUAUAAGGAAAGAUCUGGCCAAAGUAGCAGAUGUUUUCGAUAUCGAGGAUAUUGGUGACAAAGUGAGCUUUUGUCGUUGUUGGCGGAGCAAAAAGUGGCCAUACUGUGAUGGAGUGCACAAGUACUACAACAGAGAAACAGGAGACAACGUGGGACCUUUAGUCAUCAAGCGCAAAGUAUGAAUUACUGGUACCGGUUCAUUGGUGUAGGAUACAAAUGGAUUAGGCUGCAGGGAUUCUUAUUAUUAGUUUUCUUUAUAUUUUUCUUUGGACAAACUAGAAUGUCUUGCAGAAAUAGUUCUACAAUAUAGACACAAUUAAGAACACUUUUGUACCCUCAUAACUAUGUUUAUGCUGUGAAACCAGAAUUUAUGUCAUCAUCUAUUAUGAACAAUUUCAAGUUCCCCUCUAUAUCGUUAACUUGUUUUUAAUAACUAUAUAUUGCAUGCUUCAGUAGAUUAAGAAACAUGCAUCAUAGUGCUGCACACACAGUGGUAUUGUUGUAAAAAGUAGCCAAUUUCAGUUAUGGAACACAGACAGUGCAAUAUACUUCUGUUAUUAACACAUUUAUAUGCUUGCAUGGAUCAUACUAUAAAACAAAGCAGUUCUCAGUUUGGAGGCUAGUUUUAAUGCAUCCUUGCUUUAUUAUGCUUUGGCCUAUGGAGUUAAUAUACCGUUGGAUUCCUGUGACAUGAGAGCUGGUUGACCAAUUCAGUUAGGUUGGGAGAUGGUGUGGAGAGAACUUCAGUUUGACAUGUAAUGUGUCAUGUGAGAGAAGUUGAUGAGUAGGCACAAAAAGUAUUGGAGGUGAACUUCAUGUAGAUAGCUACUUUCUUAUAUGUUGACACUUUUAUUGUCUCUUAUUUUCAAUUCUGGUGAAUGGUGAUCUGUGGGCUUCCAGUUUCACAGUUGGAUGAGUCUUGAGAUUUGAAAACAUCCAUAUCAAUAAGUCUGGAUGAAACACAUUAGUAAAUACAGGUAAAAAGUUACACGUUUAGAGUUAUUGAGAAAUGCAACAGCAGAAAAGUAUAACCAGAAAUUGAGACUUCCAAGUAUUUGUUCACAGGGAGAUAUGAUAAGGGGAGCACAGAGCUACAAGAGAUGGUAAUGUGUAACUAGAAGAGAGAAAGUUUAAAAAAUUUAAAGUUAAGAGCAAAUGACUCUUAAAAGGGGACGAAAGUUUGACUCUAGAUAACAAUAGAAUAUGUUUAGUUCUGAGAAAAUAAUAAAAAAAUAAAAAUAAGAGAAGACAGUUGGCAGUUCAUUAGGCUGAUGAGAUAGGAAAGAGAGUGAGUGUGAAAACCACAGGCACAAAGAGUACAAAUUGUAUAUGAGAGAUGAGGAAAGAGGAGAAAAGCAGACAAAAGAAAAUAUAAAGAAACAGAGGCAGACAGCACUCGGCAAAUAGGGUGUAGUUACAGAAAUUGUGUCUAAGACAAAAAUAAUUUCACAUUGAUAGAUCUCAUAACACUGGGUUCUGAAUAAUUUUCUCCUUUCUAUUAAACCUCUGUUUCCUUUCUCCCUAUCCUUUCCUUUUCCAUAUUGUUAACAAAGGAAAUUGUUAUUCUUCGUGUUCAUAUUCCUUCUUUUGUUAUUCCGCACUGUAUUUCUCUAAAUACAAUGUUUCAACUGUUUUUUCUAGUUUGAAAUCAAGGUGCUAAAAGGAAUUUCCUCAAGUAUGGAUGUUUUUGUCAAGUGCCUUACUAAAUGUCAUAGCCAUUCAUUUUCUGUAUUGUAUGUGUGCAACUUUGAAAAAAGAAUGGUAUUAUGAUGAUCAAUGUAUAACAUAUGUUUUACAUUCCAAAUGAAUAUUUACUAUUUACAUCAUUGUUUAAAGGGAAAACUUUGCAUUUAUUUGAGGCAUUGAAACUAUUUGUAUCAGCAUUUGCUAUAAUUUUAGACUUUAUAAAAGUCACACUAUUGUAACAGAAAUCUUGAAAUUGUAAUAUUUAAUAAAAGACAAUUUUGUAUGAAAAUUGUACAUACACACUUUAUGUUAAACAUGGAAAAAGCCAAAGGGUUUUGCAACUUUUAUUUGUAAUUUAAUAUGUACAUGACUAACUUAAAUAGUACUAUAUUUCAGUUCAUCACAGAAUACACACAUUCACACGUAAGUAUCACAGAUAUGCUGGGACAUUGAAGAACCUGCAUGCAGGAUCACAUCAUCAACAGGUUUAUUUCUUGUUAAGUGACUUCUGUGUGUUGUCACAACUGAAACAACAUGAAACACAUGUAAUUAGUGUUGUCAGAAGCUUGAAAUUAAAUCUCAUCUUGUAUAAGUUCACAACUAUAUUGAACAGAGGAAAAUAUGCUGGUCAUAAAAAACAA